AUGCGACAAAAAGGACACCUCGAUGAGCCCAAACACUUAAUAGUCUCAUCGAAAAGCACCCCAUCAAACUCCUGGAUCGAGCAUUUUCUAUUUGUCCUCCUCAUUAUCCCCUUAACACUGAGUGCUCUCGUAUUAUAUACCGAUGUUUCCACCUGGUAUCUUCCAGACAACCUAUACGCUUUUGUGAAUACAAAUCGAACAUCUAUCCAGACAGCAGUCCAGAUCUUCGGCGCAAUCCUAGCAGCCAUCGAAGUCUUCGCACUCUGUCGCCUAAUCAACUUAACAACUCGCAUUCGAUUCGCACAAGCCCCAGUCUCCCUAGACACGCUUGGCUUCUGGUCAGCACUAUCCACUCCAACAAACAACUUCUGUCUACCUUUCUGGAUGAUUGCCAUCACGGUUCUUCUCGGCAAUCUAUCUGCUAUCAUAUCAGCACUAUGGACCGGCGCUUUGACACCCGCAAACGCCAUCGGCAUCCAACACUCUACCCUAUCUAUUCCAGAUUGGUCCAAUAUCAGUCUAAUCAAGGAAUACCCCUCCGAGAUCGACAGGAACGGCCUAUCCAUUCGCGAGGCAAAGGGGUACUUCACCUACUCAGUAGGCAUGGGCUCACUAGGCUCACUACUAUCCUCCAUGAACUCCGCCUCGCCAACCGACGGCGGCGUCCGCAACCACCCCAAAAUGGACAACACCCGCUACAACUACCACGGCCGAUCUUACGGAAUUGGCGCAAGCGCCGGUCUCUCCGACGAUAAUCUCGUCGCCAUACCCCACGUCAGAAACUAUACCUUCAACGAAGUCGGCCUCGACGCCUCGGUCGACUGCAUAUACAAUACAAGCUCGAUGUUUGUACUCCAAGACCUUCCACAACCAACCCUCCACGCAGCCCGGGGUUUACUCCCCGAUAGCAAACCCAGCGCACCGGAGUACUCGGUCUACGUUGGUCGAGGCGACGAUGCAAUAGUUGCGUUAGGGGUGGCGGCGGAUCCCACCGAAUACAGUGCGAAGCGAUACAUGGCCAUCGCGGCAGGGAGGUACUACAAGAAUCUGGAUAAGGUCCAGUGUGCCGUCACAUUCAACCCGGCAUUAUUCAAUGUCUCGGUUGAUAUCCAGGGACGGAAUAUCAGCGUUAGCAAAGUGAGAUCCGUGGAUCCGGUCCAUGAUAUCGACCCCCAUCACAAUAUAACCCACAUCGUCAUGCGACAACUCGAACUCAUCUCCAACGAUCUGACUAGUUACUAUCGCUCGACCCUUGGGGAUGCGUUCAAUGCUAGCAUUAGUGAUUAUCGCACUUCCGUUGCUGGCGGGGACCUAUCGGAGAUGCAGAUUGUGAUGAAGGGAAUGGAGAAUGCAGUUACGUCCCUCGUUGACGAUAUCCUUGGUGGGUAUGCGUCGGCUCAAUUGGUGGUCGGUAGAUUCAGGAAGUCCGCCCCCGUACGGGUUGAGGUGUCUACUUUACGCAUCGGCUCGCGGGCUUACAUUAUUGCCAGUGCGGUGAUCACGGGGUUGAUCGCGCUUCUGGUUAUCGGGGAGGGCAUUCGAAUGCGAUGGUGGAAGGAUCUCCCGGCUUUUGAUUAUCAGGAUAAUCGAGCAUUGGUUGUGGCUUCUAGGGGUGGGAGGGGUUUUGCGGAGUAUGUUGAGCAGAUGAACUGUAAGGAUCUUGGUAGGGUCCCGGUGAUUUGGAGGAAGGGUAAGAGUCAGGAAUCAUGGGAUCAAGGGGAAAUUGUCUUUCGACCCUUGCUACAUGACUCCGAAGAUGAUAUUGUGCACAUUGGACCGGAUAGGGAUUCGGUCGCUUGGAUAUGA